AUUGCUCUUUUCCUCCCUGGCUGCUUGAAGACCAACCUUCAUCAUGAAUGACACAGUAACCAUCCGGACCAGGAAGUUCAUGACCAACAGACUACUUCAGCGGAAGCAAAUGGUCAUUGAUGUCCUUCACCCUGGGAAGGCAACAGUACCCAAGACAGAAAUCCGGGAAAAACUAGCCAAAAUGUAUAAGACCACACCGGAUGUCAUCUUUGUGUUUGGAUUCAGGACCCACUUUGGUGGUGGCAAGACCACUGGCUUUGGCAUGAUUUAUGAUUCCUUGGACUACGCAAAGAAAAAUGAACCCAAACACAGACUUGCAAGACAUGGCCUAUAUGAGAAGAAGAAGACCUCAAGAAAACAGAGAAAGGAACGCAAGAACAGAAUGAAGAAAGUUAGGGGGACUGCAAAGGCCAACGUUGGUGCUGGCAAAAAGAAGGAGUAAAGAUUCUUCGGUGACUUUAUCUGUGAUGGUUGUGCAGAUUUUUCAUGAGAGAUUUAAUAAACUAUAAACUUU